AUGGCUGCUACCGAUGCCGAAAAGACUGAAAAGGUCGCCGACCUGACCCACGAGGAGCUUCAGGUACCUCUCGAUGCUGUGCCCAAGUCUCGCUGGGAACGGAGCUGGCCCGUCAUUGCUUGCGGUGCUGGUCUCUUUUCCGAUGGUUAUCUCAAUGGCGUUAUUGGAUCUGUCAAUACCAUGUUGUCCCGAAUUUAUCCCGACAGCUACAAGAAUUCGCCCGCGCUCCGCAAUGUCUCCUCCCUCGUCUUUGUCGGCGAGGUAGUCGGCAUGCUGUUCUUCGGUAUUACCAGUGACUACUGGUCACGCAAGUGGUCUCUGAUGGCGUCUACCGUACUGGUCAUUCUCUUUGCUGCGCUCAGCGCCGGAUCGUAUGGUGCUAACGGGAGCCCGACCGGUCUCUUCGCUGCUCUGACAGCCUAUCGUUUCUUGAUGGGUAUUGGUAUCGGCGGUGAAUACCCUGCAGGCUCUGUUGCUGCGGCAGAAAGCACAGGCGAACUGAAGGAGGGCCAUCGCAACCGUUGGUUCAUCUUUUUCACCGACUUCAUCAUCGACUUUGGCUUCGUUGUGGCCGCGUUCGUGCCCAUGGUUCUUGUUCUGAUCUUUGGAGAGGACCGUCUCGAGGCCCCAUGGCGCAUUGCCCUGGGUCUGGGUGUUCUUCCGCCACUCAGUCUGGUCUACCUCCGUCUGAAACUCCAAGAGCCCGAGGAGUUCAACCAAGAGCGCAUGCACAGGUUCCCGUACGGUCUGAUCAUCAAGUAUCACUGGAAGAAUCUACUCGUUGUAUCUCUCGUAUGGUUCAUCUACGAUUUCUCCGUCUUUGCCUUUGGAACCUACUCCUCCGUCUGGCUGGCAAACAUCCUCGGAACCAGCGCUCCUCUGUGGCAGACUUUUGGCUGGAAUGUUGUGGUUAACCUCUUCUAUCUGCCUGGCUCGCUAUUGGGCGCAUUCGUCAGUGAUUGGAUUGGCCCGCGCAUGUGCUUGAUUCUCGGCAUGACUGCUCAGGCCGUGGUUGGCUUUAUCAUGUCUGGCUGCUACGAAUUCUUGUCGCUUCCUAAGAACGUCGCUGGGUUUGUUGUUGUCUAUGGUAUUUUCCUCUCUCUAGGUGAACUUGGCCCCGGCGACAAUAUCGGCCUCAUCGCUUCGAAGUCUAGCGCAACCGCUGUCAGAGGCCAGUACUAUGCUAUCGCUGCCGCCAUUGGUAAAAUUGGCGCCUUCGUCGGCACCUAUGUGUUCCCUCUCCUCCAGGACAACCCUAACCCGAUUGCCGCUGGCCAGAAUCCAUUCUUUGUUGCCAGUUCUCUUUGCAUUUUCGCAUCGGUUAUAACUUACUUCGGCUUGCCCCAUAUCGGACAGGAUACUAUCACCAAGCACGAUCGCGAAUUCCGUGAAUAUCUGGGAGCCCAUGGAUAUGAUACUUCUACUCUUGGACAGCGCACCGAGGGAAUAGCAUGGCAAUAG